AUGGGGAUGGUGGGGAUGAUGAUGAUGAUGAUGACGAAGAUGAUGGGGAUGAUGGGGAUGAUGGGGAUGAUGGGGAUGAUGGGGAUGAUGGGGAUGAUGAGGAUGAUCCAUUUGAACAUACGCGUAGCAGCCAUCUUAGAGGGCAAUGCCAUUGUUUUGCUGAGAUGUGAACGAGUGAAGGCAAACGCUGGCAAAGUCACUCAACCGGCACUAACAUUGAAAGACCACAUCAGGCACUUUGUCAACAAAUACGCCCCCAAUUAUCCGAAGAAAGGUUACGAAUUCCUGAGGCUUCUUCGGAGGAAACGUAUCAAUCAAACUUGGUCCAGAGAUGACGCCAAUGUUGACAGAUUCAGAAAGGACAUCUUGGCAGCGUCAGGCACGAUGAGCGCCAGAAGAGCUCUCUACCUCACAAAGCAAAACACACCAAUUGGAACCCAACUGCCAUUUUAUCAGCUAGGGGACCCCGUAACGAUGACAGAAAGUUUCCACAAGCUUCUUCCUGAUAAAACAAUAUUUGAGCCACAUGAUCGAUAUAGGCGCUGUAGUGUCGUGGGCUCAAGUGGCGUACUAUCGGGCUCUGGAUGUGGUGCAGAAAUCGACAAAGCGGACUUCAUUUUCAGGUUUAAUCUUGCCCCAGUGAAAGGUUAUGAGGAUGACGUAGGAACUAAGACAAAUUUCACCACUGUCAACCAAUUCAUACUCAGCAAGGGAGAGGACCCCUUAGUUGGAAAGGAAAGCAUAGCAGCAUUUGACGCCCUCCAGCGGCAGUUUCAGGGCAGCUUGCUGUGGGUUCCAGCUUUCAGCCAGAGAGGAUACUACGAGUUCGUCCAGAGGAUUGUCAACGUCAGCCUUGCGUCAGGAAUAAUGAAACCCGUUGUUCAAAAUCCAGGCCAUUUCAUUGGCAUGAUGAGACUCUGGAGGGCGCUUCACAGACGAAGCGACUGGCCAUCCACGGGUACGGUGAUGACUGCAUAA